CUUACACUAUGGUUUAAUGUUUCUCUUCAGCAUGAAUAUUUUGAGAAGCACCCUGACGGAGUAAACCCAGUUCGAGCCAAUGAUGUGUUUUUUACUGUGCAUGCUAUUCUUCUGACCUUCAUCACAAUUCUUCAGUGUGUGUUUUAUGAUCGUGGUGAUCAGAGAGUGUCGUUUGUUUCUAAGAUCCUGUUGUCUGGUACAUGGCUGUUUGCUGCAGUGGCACUAGUGGUGACAUUAUUGCACAAAAUCACAUGGUUGACAUAUCUGUAUUACUUCUCAUAUAUAAAAAUUGGUGUGACACUCAUCAAGUAUAUUCCUCAGGUUAGUUCAGCUAUCUCUCCUCCCUGACCUUCCCUCCUUCUGUCCUUUCUUCCUUCCCUCCUUCCUUUACUCAUUCUUGCAGCUCAUGCAGAUGACUGGAAGUCCAUUUUUGGUGAUUUCACAAAGUUUGGUUUGGGUGCUAUCUCCAUUUUAUUCGACCUGUUAUUUAUGGUUCAACACUAUUGCCUUUACAGUUCAAAGGGCGUUAGAUAUGAAGUCAUUAUUGACAAUGAUGAUCCAAAGGAAGUUAGUGUAGAAAAGAAACUGAAGUCAUAUGGAUCAAAUCUUCCAUAAUGUUGUCUAGUAAAGUUUCUGUAUCAAUAUACUUCAUGACAUCUGUGCCAACUCCUCUGGAUUAUUCCGAGUCGGCCCCAGGUUCAGUUACCUGGUCUCUCGUAUGGGUCACCAAGUCUUCCACACAAUACAAAGAAAAGUGCAUAAUAUACACUUUUGGCCAAUUUUUGGCAUUUUUUUUGAGAGGGGGGGGGGAUUUUUUUUCUCUUUGACCAAUUUUUGUGGUUGAAUUGGCAGGGCUCUAUCUUUGACCACCUUUUUUAGGUUCAGGAAGGCAACAUUGAUGAUCUCCCAGAUUUUGAUUUUUAAAAACAUUUUUAGAGUUCUGAGCCUUCUGUAGGUGGACCCAGGGGAUUGUUUUGUGGCUCAAGUCAAUUUGUGCCUAUCUGCAACGUGGGCCAAUUUGAUUGCAUUGUUUAAUGAAACUAUUAGGUUCAGCUGUGGACUCUUGCAGGAAAUUUUCUGUGGUCCUUCGUCAAAACAAAAUGUUUAAAUUUUUCAAACUUUCAAACCACUUUAAAAUCAUGCACUUAUGAAUAUCUGUACCUCAUAACUGGUAUUCAUUCUUAUUUCAUGAUGAUAUAUUUAAUUUUGGGAUGCAUUUUGGUUCCUAACCAAUUUUUUGAUCGUCAGGGUUACAAUGAUGAGGUUAGGCAAAAGGCAUAUUACUUUGUUUGUAUACUGGAGGAGAAUAUAAGGAUUUUUAUUUAUUUGACUUGUAUACUGAAAUAAUUAUUACCCCAAAUGUCCAAUUUUCAGAAUUUUACAAGUGGCAUCUAGUCUUUGUAUCUCAGGAAGAUUAUUAUAGUGAAUCAAAUUAAAUUAUCCUCCCUGGUGUUUUAUUCGAGUGAAAACUGUGAUUUUGGUAUGACUGUGAGUUCUCACCCUAAUAAUUCAUUACAGUCUACUAGUCUACUAGUAGUCCAAAGCAAGUGGAAGCAUGAACGAGCACAAACGGGAGGCUAGCACCUUUAUUUACCCUAAGACUGAGUUUAUAGCACGUUCAAACUGAGCAAUCGUGUAAAGGAAUUAACUGCAUAUGAAAAUGAAGGAAUGAAGAAGUUACUGUCUACUUUUCUGUAUUAAUUUUGAUGCACACUUUCACAAUUUUUCAUUGUGCUAAUAAAGUAAAAUUCUCUUUGGCAUAUUGAACAAUAUAAUGUCAUUACACUGUCAGAUGAAUUUGAUUAGUAUUUGCCGGCCUCUUUACAACCUGGUGACAAUUAAUUAUGUUCAUUGGUUACCAGAACAAAUCAAACAGUCUUCUAGAGCAAGGUUUUUUUGGUCAAUGUCUCACAAUUUUUUUGUUUUGGAAAUUAACAUGUUAUUAUGUGUGUUACAAGUAUCUAUUUCCCUACGUGGGCCAUUUUUGUUUUGACUUAUUACGUGAUUAAAAGAAGCAGAGUUAGUUAUUAAAGAUGUUGAUUUAAAAUUAGUUCUUAACUUGGCUAGGUAGUGCUAUCUGACACUGGGAAACAGAAAGACUGGCAGUCUGCUUUUAUUAUUCUCCUUCAAUUGAUAUUGAUCUCCCUUUCUGCUCGCUUGCACUAGCUUAGACCUCAUUUUACUAUAUCCAAAAGAGGAACUAUUUUAGUCAACUUUAUUUAAAAUCAAAUUGUACAAAUUUUUUUGUGUAUGAUAAGUAUGGGUAAUUUCUCAGAGAAAUUUUUUACCGACAUUAUUUUACAC